AUGUCAAAGCUGCACUCAGACGCAGCGUUUGCGGACUUCUUGGGACCCGAGUUGGUCGCAGGCCUUCGUACGGUGGAGAUCUUUGCCCCGAAUGCAAUUCAGGCAAACGCCAUACCACUGGCGCUAAGUGGCCGAGAUCUCAUCGUGUGUGCACAGACUGGGUCUGGCAAGACUCUCACCUUUCUUUUGCCAAUUCUGCAUCAGUUGACAACUGGGAGAAACUCGCAGCGUGGAAAUCAUGCCUUGAUUGUAGCUCCCACCGAGCAGCUCUCCCUGCAAGUGGUGGCACUGGCCUCAAAACUGGUGGCAUCUCUCCGCUCUUCACUUGAACUCAGAUGCAUGGAUCACACCAUGCAGACUCGAAGCUCAGCCUCUGCCCCGCAGCUCUGGGUUGGAACCCCGAAGUGGCUCAGUGAGAACAUCAGCUUCGAUCCCAAGAACGUGGCAAUGCUCGCCAUCGACGAAGCCGACCUCCUGCUCUGCGCGCCCUCGGCGACUGCAAGCGGUGAAGAUCUUCUUCGCGAGCAGCGGGAGAAGACGGAAGAGCUUUUUGCGGCAGCAGAAGGGGCUCAGCUUUUCCUCGCCAUGGCUCACUUGAGCAACGAGCGGGAAGAGGAGCUCCAAAAACGCUUCCCGGAAGCUCAAAUGGUGGGCCACACUGGCGUCAUGGUGCCCACCUUGAGGCAGUGUUUCCACUACUUCAAAGGUGACAAAGAUGCCAAGCUCUUCUGGCUGCUUUCCGAGGCAGAAAAGGAGGAUACCGAGCCUUUAGCGGGUUCCACCAUGAUCUUCUGCUCUUUGCCUAGCACGGCUGACCGGCUCCAAGGGGCUCUUGCUGAGAGAAAGCCGAGCAGUCGGCCCCUUGCGCUCCACGAAAAUACGCCCGCGCAAGACAAGGCCACAAUUGCAAGCGAGUUUAGGCAGGGUGGCUGUGAAAUACUGCUGACUACGGACAUGGCCGCCAGAGGCCUAGAUUUUCCGAGAGUACGCCAUGUCGUGCUCUUCGAUGCGCCUGUUGAUGCCACAGCUUUUGUGCACAGUGCUGGCCGCACGGCCAGGCGGGGUAGCACCGGACUUGUCACAUGCAUCAUUGAAGGUGGUGAUGCAGCUCGUGAGCACAUCGAUGGCAAGAUUUUUCAUGCCUUGCGGGACGGCCCGCAAUUGACCUUCGCCAAAAACGGAGGUCAAGCGACUGUGGACCCCCCUCAACCAGGCCAUCCCGGCCAAAAGGAGCCUAAGGGCCGCCGCCAACGCGGUUACGCUAAAUCCGCGCAUCAAUGGCAACCGAAAAGAAGUGCACCCAUAGAUAUGAUUGAAAUCUAG